AUGAUAAAAGCCUUUAAUCGAUUAUUACAAGAAAAUUAUUUUAUUGAAGAUUUAAUUCAUUAUAUUAAUAAUAUUAAUAAGAAUUACUAUCAAUUAAGAGAUUUAAUUAUGAAUGAAACAAUAUUAGUUAAUCUAUUUGAUCAAUUUACAAUUUCAUAUGAAAAUUUAAUUAAUGAUUUCAUCUAUUUGAAUAAACAACUUUGUUAUUAUUUUGAUAAUUAUGGAUCUGAUUUGGAUAAACAAAUAUUGAAUAAUUUAAAUACUUCUCAUGAAAAAAUUCAAUUUCUUAUACAAUUCAUUGAAAAACAAAUUUUAAAUAAAAUUAAUUCGAAUUUCUUAGAUCGAAAACAAGAAGAUAAAAUUCAUCGAUAUAUUUCAUUGAUUGCAUAUUUAAUUACUUUUAUUAUUGUAUGUAUUACAAUCAUUCCAUUGAUUUUUAUUAUUAUUAGAAUCUUUUUACAAUGGAAAAAUGAACAAAAUAUUCAACAGAAUGUUGAUAAAGACGAUUCUUUGCAUAUUAAAAACGAUAAUCAACAACAUUAUCCCAUGAAUGUGAUGAGUAACGACACAGUAUCUGAUCGAAAGCAAUCGGAUGAAGUAGAAAACGACUGGAGAAGUACAAAUAAUAGGAAUUCUAAUUCAUCGUCUUAUAUUGAUCAAAUCCAAAAUAAUAAAUCUCAAGAUCAUCAUACUACUCGUUUAUUUCUUUUUUCACUACGUAUUGUUUUUGCUUUUAUAACAAUAUUAUUAGUAAACUUGUCUCUUGUUACUGGAUUUUUGUAUGGUCUUGAUAGUAUAGUACAUGGUUCUUGUCAAUUAGUACAUUAUAAUCAACCAUUUCUUAUUUCAAUUUCAACAAAUAAUUUUUUAAAUCAGAUGAAUAAUUUUGAUAUAAAUGCAACAAUUUUAAAUAUAAUUAAUGAUUGUAAUCAAAAUAUUCAUUUUAGUGAAAUUUUCUUUAAAAAUUCUUAUAUUCACUUAAAUAAUCAAUUAAGUUCUUCAAUAAAAGAUAUUAAUAAAAAAGUUUUUCAACAAUUUUCAAGUGUUAAUAAUAAGAUUAAUAUAACAGCAGAUCUUGAUUUAUUAAUUAAUAUAGCUAACUUAAACAGUCUAACCAAUAUUGUAAAUCAUCUUAAAUAUAUUAAAAAUGAUUUCCAGCAAAUUCGCCAAAUAUUUAACCAAAUUCUUACAUCUAAUCCACUAUUACUACCAAAUUUUACCAAAGAAAUAUACAAUGAUUUUGAAAAUUUUGCCAUUAAAGUAAUUCAAUCAAGUAUUGAUCCAUGUCCAUUACCAAUAGAUGUUCUACUAAAAAUGGAUCAAUUAAUUUGUCAUCAUACAGCAAAGACAAUAAAUGGUGUAUGGCUUAAAAUAUUUUUAUUUAUGUUCCUUGUUGUAUUUGGUCUUUAUAUUUUUGGUAUAUACGUUUAUAAACAAUAUGAUUAA